AUGUGGUGGGGAUCUAUCACAAGAGCCUAUUUUCUGACAAUAUGCCUCUUGGUCAACACAACGUAUGGACUUACCAUAGGGCAUUUAGAUCACAUGACAGAUCAUUAUCGGACUAAACGUUCAAAUUCACCAGUUCCAAGAGUUUUCAAUGGGAGAAAUAUGUUCACCCGAAGAGGACGGGAAAUGCAGCAAUCGCAUGGAAGUCGCCCCAACUGUACGAGAAACUGUGGUCAUAAAAAAGGACUUCAAACUCAGUUUAAUGAAAUGCUCCAUAUAGAGAGACUUAAAAAUAUAAUUAUGCGAAAGUUGGGUCUACAGAUGAACGAAGAAGGAGAUGUACAAACACCCUUCCACACACCACCCUUGACACGAAAUUCUAACACAAACCCCAAAUCAGAAAAAAGGAAAAGACAACACACUAAAAAGGAAACAUCCUAUAUACGUGAUUUCUCGGAAAUCAUUAGUUUCUCUGAAAAAGCAGGCAAUGUGUCCGAAAAAGAUGUCUUAUCCUUCACCAUUGACGUCACAAACAACCCAGGUCCUCUUGAAGCUCUGAGUGCGCAUCUAUGGAUCUUGAUGCGCAAACGCAAGCGGAAGAAUAAUCGCGGAAAAAAGAUUUUCUUGGAGGUAUUAAGAAAAGACGAUGACGACACGGGUCACGAAGUGUUAACAAGCUUGAUCACACGUGUCAAGAAAACAAGAUGGCAGAAAGUUAGUCUGCCUGUCACUUUUAUACAGUCACUUUUAGAUUCCAACAAACGUAGACUACAACUAAGAAUUAGAUGUAGGAGAUGUGGCAAAGUAGUGCGUCCAGUUUUAUUUAGAAAACAUAAAAAUCUCAAAAGAAAAUCACAAAAACUGUCUGUGCCAAAGGUGAGAAAACGAUCGCGACAAAAGCGGAAGUUACGGAAGUUACAUCGGAGAACACGUAAACGCGAACGACGUACUCGACCAUUCCUGGUAAUUAACACAAGAUAUAAACUUACAUUAUCUACAAGAAGGGGAUUGAAUUAA